AUGCCUCGUCGAUCGUCUCGGCCCGUUCCCGCGUCGGCGGCACCACUGCCGACCCCAAAAAGGCGCGCGUCUGGCAGACUCGCCGCUGCUUCUCAGUCCAGGCCCAAGGCGCAGGCUGACCCCGACUCCCCGGAUGACGAGCCUGUCCGGUCCACCACCAAGAAAAGCAGGUAUUUCCAGAGCAAGACGGACAUCUCGUCCAAAUCAUCAGACUCGGAUGGUUCGCUUUCUGCCACUGAGGAACCCGAGUUCUCCACACCUUCCGACGAGGCGUCAGAACAGGAGUCGACAGAUGACGAGGCAGCCACAAGGCCGGCAUCCAAAAGAGUCAAGCGGGGAUCGCAAGGGGGAUCGCAGAGAAAAUCGCAAGGAAGAGGUAGAGUCGCUGAUAGAAAAGAUACUGUCAGCGACAAGGAGUUGUGGAGAGAGGGCGUCACCACAGGCCUAGGACCUGGGAACGAGGUCUUCAUCCAGAAACCACGAGCGCGAUCUCCAGGGUCUAUCCCCUACCAGGAGACGACCUUGCACCCCAACACGUUUCGGUUUCUGCAGGACCUAGCCAAAAACAACGAAAGGGCCUGGCUCAAGGCACACGACCCGGAUUUCCGAACCGCCAAGAAAGAUUGGGAGGACUUUGUUUUAAGUUUCACUGACAAGAUCGAGGAAGUGGACGGCACAAUCCCGCCGCUCCCUGCCAAAGAUCUCGUGUUUCGCAUACACCGCGACAUAAGAUUCAGCAAAAAUCCCACCCCGUACAAGACACACUUUUCAGCAGCCUGGUCGCGUACAGGGAAAAAGGGCCCUUAUGCUGCUUAUUACGUCCACUGCCAGCCUGGGUCCUGUUUUGUCGGAUCUGGACUCUGGCAUCCCGAAGCUGAUAAGCUUGCACUCCUGCGAGAUGAUGUCAACGCAAAUUCGCACCGCCUAAAGUCUAUCCUCAGGCAGGAAGGUCUUCGACGGGAAUUCUUCAAGGGGGUCCCUGAUAAUGAGGACCAAGUGGUGGACGCUUUUUGUGACCAGAACAAGGAAGGCGCGCUCAAGACCAAACCCAAGGGUUAUGAUUUGGAUAAUGAGAACAUCCAACUGCUCCGUCUGCGCGGUUUCACCAUCGGGAAGCCCCUAUCCGAUGAAGAUUUACAGAGUACCGGAGCACAGGAUAGGAUUGCAGCGCUCAUUGGUAUAAUGGAGCCCUUUGUCACGUAUCUCAACAGCGUCGUCAUGCCUGACACAGUGGGCCCAGAUAUCAGCUCGGAGUCGGAGUCUGACGGUUAG